CGCAGAAAUCAUCCUUCGACAAAGAACCGUCAUUGGAGCGACCUGAACUCGACACAAUCUUGCGACAACCUCGGAAUCAGAAAAUACGGAUUAUAUUUCACUCGUCGCUCUUCUGAUUUACAUCUGUCACAAUGGCCAACCCUCACUCAACCUACUACGAUCGUCGACUGCGACAAGGACCGGCUCUUAUUCGAGCCCGCAGACCGUAUCUUUUCAAGAAUGCAAUCACUGGUCUCGGAUUAUGUGCUAUUGUUGGCGGCAUCUACUACUACACCCUGAACGCCGUCGGCCAGGACAACUUCGAGGACGUCAAGGUCCCUGAUGCGCCGAGAAAAUCUGCUCAAGGCAACUAAAUAUAUAUUCGAACAUCACUACUCACGACGAAAAGAAAUCAACCGUACAACGCAGCAUUGCGAUGGUGAAGCAACAGGAGACAUUGGUUCUACAUCGUUAGUACGCUUGAUUUAACUGUACAAUACUACUGAAGAAUACCGGCGGACAGGUCAUAGGUUGGAUGGGGAAAUCAAUUCAAUAUAAAACUCCUAGUGUAUAAUAGCCGAAAAAUAAGAAACGAAAUGAAUAUGCUUCUAAGAAGCACUGCACAAGCAAAUCCCAAACAUGCGCUGUGGUGUAGCCUUUAAAGCUCGUUCCCCUUGCCAUGAUAAAUGCGAGCAAACUAUGUAAAGCCUCGCCGAAAAAUAACGCCAUCGUUAUGAACACACGUCGAACAACCACCGGGUAUCAAGAAAUUUAUACAUGCUAUAGCCAAGUGGACAGCGUCUCAGACGGCAGUCGUGGAGGGUUGGCUGAUAGCCUGUACACCUCCGACGCCUUUCAUGGCGUGUGCCGUUUGAUUCAGUAUUGAUCUCGAUAGCUCCGGUGACUCUGAUAGUUUUGUCGGUACCGCAUCAGAUUUCGAACUGUUUUGCGCGGUCUUUGCCACCGUGUUCAGAACGGUGGCUUUGUGUACAGAGUGAUUGGGGUUGGCCCAUGGUGUGUCCUUGAUGAAUUGUUCACCAGCCGGGCCAAGUCGAUUAAAGCUCGCCGGCCGGUAGUCGUCUCUUGCUGGGAAACUGGGUUUUUGUUGAACCUUCCUCGAUUUCUGCAGGAUAGUUGUUAGCAAUCAGGUGAGGCAGUCAAAAUAAACUCUUGGGCUUCAUACCUCGAUAGCUAGAAAAUCAGACUUCAAUUCGGAUGCAGAAGCGCCUUUCAUCUCGGGGCCAGAAGGGAAACCUUCGUACUUGGCCAAGCCUGAGAGCGUAGACACUUCGUUACCAUAUGCAAUGGCAUUCUUGACACGCUGGGUAUGGUCCUUGGGGAAGAGUAGACCCCAGUCUUGUAUGCUGUGCGCGUUUCGACGGGUUGUCUGAACAUCAUACCACUGCUUGUUCAAAGCUUCGAGCGCUUGUUCACGCUUCUCUCUUACAGCUUGCAAGAACUGGCUCCAGAUUUGGGCGCGCUGCGCAACAGCCCAGGUCUCCUGUGCCUUUAUUCGAAAGUUGUACUCGGCGUUGAAUUCUUGGGUCUUCUGCUUGAAUCGUUCGUCCAGGCAUUGCUUCAUGUUGAGAUAUUCCUUGUGAGUCGGGACAUCGGCAACCAGAGAUUGCUCCUCGUCUUCGAUUCGUUGAAGUCGGUCUUUGUAGAGUCUAGUGUGGUGUUAGUUAACUAUGUCGCAACGUAAUCCAAGAGCAAACUAACCUGUCUCUAAAGAUGUUGAACAUUUCUUCUAUGUGGGACCAAUCCCGGAAAGCAGCUUCUUUUCGUUCUUCUAAAAUCGGUACGUUAGUACAUGGGCGAAAUUGGAUUAUUUGAGAGAAAAACUUACGUUCUUCCUGAUUUCUUGCCGCAAUCUCGGCCUCGUCCACUUCUGCUUCCUCCUCUUCUUGGGCUUCUUCCUCGGCAGCGACAUCGGCACCUUCGUCAGGAAUAUCAGUCGCACUGUCAUCACCGGCUUUAGUGGCACUCCUCGUAGAACUGCUGCGUGAGCUUUUCUUGCCCGAUCGCAUUUUUCUGUUAGGUGCUUCCACGUCAGUUGCGGUGUCGCGGUUCGGCGAGUCGUCUUCGUCCUCAGCGCCAGACUGGAUUCCACUCUGGAGCUGAGCCGCCAAUUUUUCGUCAUCAUUCAUUGCCGUAUCAUCGUCGUCUUCAGCAGAGGCCUCGCCGACCGAUGGUUUCCUCUUCCUGAGGGGUUGAUCAGACUCGGACGCUACUGGCGAUCGCUUCCGCUUCCGCCCUUGCGAAUCGGAGCUGAAGUCGUCCGCAGCAUUUGCUCGUCGCAUGGACGGCUUAGAGGGAGACUCAUCGUCACCGGCAUCGCUAGAAGCAACAGAGCGCUCGUCGUCUGAGUUGGAGGCUUCGCCGUCCUCGUCCUCGUCGUCACGGACGACCGCCGCCGAGCGCCGCAACUUGCUAGGGGUGUGCUCAAAGACUUCUCCAUUAUUGAAUUGGUCCACCACCACAUCGCGUUGCCGCUGAUUUUUCGGCGUGUCAUAGAGUCGUUCGGUCUCCGCCUCGGUGUCGUUGCCAGCGUCCGACCCUAAGUCAGAUCCAGGGUCGGAGAGGGCACUGUCCGACUCGAGAGGGUUGUUAUUAUUUUCUUCGUUCUCAUCGCUAGCAUUGCUAGAAUGGUCGCUAUCAAGUUGCAUAUGCUCAAUUACUUCGUCGUGGGCGUCCUUGUCGUCAACCUCGGAGAGCGGGCUGGAGACGUUGCUGUCUUCUGGGUCAGCACUGGGACGGUGCUGGACCAGGUCGGCGGUCGCUGCCAUGACUGGACUAAAUUAUGACUGUCAGCGAUUGAUUUUCGAGGUUAUUGAGUGUCGUUGGGGUCGUGCCGGGUUGGCGAGGGCUGUCGAGACCGCUGGGUUUUGAGAGGGGAGCCAGCGAGCCGCCCGGGGUGCAAGGUGGGAAAAAAGCAAACGCGAGGCCUGCUAGUGAGGCAGCAGGGACGUUGCUAGCUUGUACAGCCUGUGCGAAAUGGCUGGCAUGAAUUCUCGAAGGGGGUUCGCAGUAUUUGGGUCGCAGGGGAUCGCGUGGUUGAGGGGGAUUGUUGGAG